AUGAAGUUCACCACUGUCGCCAUCGCCCUCUUCGUCGGCCUUGCCGCUGCCCUCCCUACCACCGACUCCUACACUCCUGCGCCCUACAGUGGCAACGGUGGACACAACGGAGGCCACAACGGUGGUAACAACGGUGGACACAACGGAGGCCACAACGGCGGUAACAACGGAGGCCACAACGGCGGCAACAACGGCGGCAAUGGCAACAACGGCGGCAACAACGGUGGCAACAACGGCAACAAUGGAGGUAACAACGGAGGCAACGGCGGCAACAACGGUGGCAACGGAAACAACGGUGGAAACGGAAACAACGGCGGCAAUGGUGGUAACAACGGCGGUAACAACGGCGGUAACAACGGCAACAACGGCGGCAACAACGGCGGCAACGGUGGCAACAACGGCGGCAAUGGCAACAACGGAGGCAACGGUGGCAACAACGGCGGUAACAACGGCGGAAACGGCGGAAACAACGGUGGCAACAACGGAGGCAACAACGGAGGCAACGGCGGUGGUAAGGACUACGCGCCUUGCCCUUCCGGCCUCAGCAUGAGCCCCGUCUGCUGCGCUACCAACGUCCUUGGCCUUCUCGCUCUCAACUGCGAGGCUCCCACCAAGACUCCCACCUCGGCCAUGGACUUCCAGAAGACCUGCGCCGACACUGGCAAGGCCGCCAAGUGCUGCACCCUCAACCUCCUCAACCAGGGUGUCCUCUGCCAGGUCCCCGUUGGCGUCGCCGCCUAA